AUGCCGCGACCUUUGAACCGUGAUGAUGAUCGGGGACGAAGAGAGUCCCGGGCUUCGACUCAAGGGCCCGGCACACUACCCCCGAUGGAAAAGCCCGAAAUCCUUCUUCUCAAGCCCCCGGGCCAAGCAAGACAGCAACCCGAGUUUCACCACCGGAAGCCCCUUCCGCUGCAUCUACAUCUCGAGAUUCGGGUCCCCGAAUCGCCAAACCUUUGGGGGCUCCGGUAG